AUCCUCAGCCUCGCCCGUUCACAGCGCUCCCAUCUUCAACUACUCAACAAAUCAAAAACCAAGGUCACAAAAUCCCCAGCGCAACCAUGAAUCGCCUCUUCGGCUCCAAGCCCACCGGCCCCAAACCAACCCUCAACGGCGCAAUCUCCAACAUCGACACCCGCAUCGCCUCCAUCGACACCAAGCUCAAGGCCCUCAACGGCGAACUCUCCGCCUACCAAGACAAGCUCUCCAAAAUGCGCGACGGCCCCGGCAAGCAGGCCAUCAAGCAAAAGGCCCUCAAGGUCCUGCAGCGCCGCAAAGCCUACGAGGCCGAAAAGGACAAGCUCGAAAGCCAAGUCUGGAACAUGGAGCAGGCGCAGACCAUGCAGGACAACCUCAAGAACGUCAUGACCCAGGUCGACGCCAUGAAGACGACCAAUAAAGAGCUGCGCAAGCAGUAUGGCAAGAUUGACCUCGACAAGAUUGAGCGCCUGCAGGACGACAUGGCAGAUCUGCUCGAUGUCGGCAAUGAGAUCCAGGAGAGCCUUGCGAGGGGCUAUGAUAUACCCGAUGAGGUGGACGAGGCCGAGCUGGAUGCUGAGCUGGAGGCGUUGGGCAUGGAGGCCGAGCUGGAGCAGGAGUAUGGCAGUGGCGCCGUGCCGGGCUUUUUGACGGAUGAGGUUGUGCCCGAGUUUGUGGACGAGCCGCCGCAGACGGAGGAGAAGGUGAAGCAGGCUGCGGGUUGAUUUUUGCGCAUAUAUAUUUUAUUUGUACUCAUUGAAAUGACGGGAUGACUUGCGGCGGCCUAUUUUAUCAGUCCAAAGAGGAAAGCACAUCAUUUAGGCGCAGAAUUGCUUCCAAGCUCACUAAAAUAUAUCAUUUGCUCUUUUUAUUU